AUGCCUACUCUCGGAGGUCUCCUGAAGAAACGGCGGACGAAGGAUUCGCAGACCCUGUCUAAGGAGCUCCAGGCUGGUUCCACUGGCCACACGGCGACGUCACCAAUCGCUGCCGAAGAUACCCAGCACCACCACCACCUUUUUCACCAUAACCACCACUCGUCCAACAAUUCUGCAAAUUCGGCAACUUCCAACCAACAGGCUGCCAAACAGCAGUCCAACGAGUCCUCAGUCACCAAAUCUGCCGACGGUCAAACCGCCUCCAUGCAAUCCCCCGCACUACAACCCACCACUUCCGCACACUCGAAUUCCGGCCACCACCAUCACCAGAGCAGCAAUGCCGCGAGCAUACACAACAUCAUAAACCCUUCGCAGCAGAAUAACCCGCAAGUCUCCCGGACCGAGCGUACCACCAAGGGAAAAUACACGCUCGAUGAUUUCGCAUUUCAGCGCACUCUUGGCACAGGCAGUUUUGGGCGCGUCCACCUGGUGCAAUCAAAGCACAACCACCGAUACUAUGCUAUCAAGGUGUUGAAAAAGGCGCAAGUCGUCAAGAUGAAGCAGAUCGAGCAUACAAACGAUGAGCGACGAAUGCUAAAUCGUGUUAGACAUCCUUUCUUGGUCACUUUGUGGGGAACUUGGCAGGACUCACGGAAUCUCUACAUGGUCAUGGAUUUCGUAGAGGGUGGAGAGUUGUUUAGCUUACUUCGAAAGUCUCAGAGGUUUCCUAACCCUGUCGCUAAAUUCUAUGCUGCCGAGGUCACUCUGGCACUGGAAUACCUCCACUCAUUGAAUAUCAUUUACAGAGAUCUCAAGCCUGAAAACUUGCUCCUAGACCGCCACGGGCACCUCAAGAUCACGGAUUUUGGCUUUGCGAAAGAGGUGCCUGACAUUACCUGGACUCUCUGCGGAACGCCCGAUUAUCUCGCUCCGGAGGUUGUAGCCUCUAAGGGUUAUAACAAGUCUGUUGAUUGGUGGUCUCUCGGUAUCUUGAUUUUCGAAAUGCUAUGCGGCUUCACACCCUUCUGGGACCAAGGAUCCCCCGUCAAGAUUUAUCAAAAUAUCCUCCAGGGGAGGGUAAAAUUCCCGCCAUAUCUUCAUCCCGAUGCUGUAGACCUACUUUCGCGGCUUAUCACCGCGGACCUCACUAAGCGGUUAGGUAACCUUCAUGCUGGGUCCGAGGACAUCAAAAAUCAUCCGUGGUUUGCGGAAGUCACUUGGGAGCGGCUGUUGAGGAAGGAAAUCGACGCGCCUUAUGUGCCACCAAUUCGAGGAGGGCAAGGUGAUGCAAGCCAGUAUGAGAACUACCAGGAAGAGACAGAAGCCUACGGCCAUGGUGGUGAUGAUCCUCACGGUCAUUUGUUCCCGGAUUUCUAG